GUUCGAAUCCAACGACCUCCACACGCAGCAGCGCGCGCAACAACUCGAGACAUUCAUCAUGGCGGCUGUAAACACAAAGAAACCCUUGCGCCGAGCGACAUACGUCAAAGUCAAGGACCUGACGCCUGCAACCAAGGGACACUGCUUGGUGGUUCAAGUGUAUGCACUAGGACAUGUCACCGAGAAACCUCGAUACGAUGGGUCCGUCGUUCGGAUAGUUGAAGCCACUGUGGGCGAUGAAACAGGCACGGUGGUGCUGAGCGCCCGAAACGGUCAAAUCCAGCUGCUUGAUGUGGGUCGCGUCCUAGUCAUUCGAAAUGCGAACGCCGACGUGUACAAUGGCUUCUUGCGCCUCAACGUGACACAAUGGGGCAAGAUUGCACCCCACCCCGACGGCAUUGCGUCGACGCCGAACGCGCCGUCGUCAAUCAACACCGUCAACAACAUUUCUAGCGUUGAAUACGAGCUCGUGCCCCUGGACGAUGACCACGGCGAUGACCACAACGCAACCCACACGUAAUACCACCACAUACGUAAGGAGCAGGAGCAGUUAACGAAUCAACAUGCCCAUUGUGAAUAGUCCGGC